AUGUGCGCGGGUGGAAUCGUCCAAGCCAUGUUUCCUGGAGACAUUAGUGCUGUCAAUACUUCGCUGUCUCAGGAUACUUCCGUCGCCCAAGGAGUUUUUAUCGAAAUGUUCAUGACCGCCGAACUCGUCUUCGUCGUGCUCAUGCUAGCUGCGGAGAAGAGCAAAUCAACAUUUCUUGCACCCAUAGGCAUCGGACUGGCGCUGUUUGUAGCCAUGAUGGGCGGUGUAUACUUCACUGGCGGAUCGCUCAACCCCGCGCGCAGUUUCGGUCCAGCUGUUGCUUCAGCAUCGUUCGUCGGAUACCACUGGAUCUACUGGGUUGGUCCUCUACUCGGCGCGUUACUUGCUUCGGCAUACUACCGCUUCGUUAAGCACUUCAAUUACGAGCAGGCGAACCCGGGGCAGGACUCUUCGGGUGGUCACUUCUCUGCUUGA